AUGGAUCAAGCCGAACAGAGCGCAUGGGCAGCGUUGGUGAAGGACCUCAAAGUCGAUCAAGGGCAUGGCGUACUAGGCGCUGGCAUCCUCAUCUACGAUCCACAUGGUGGCGUGGUGUAUGAGGAAGGCUGGUUCCGUGAGGAAGUUUCCGCGGAGGCGAAGGUGUUGAUGCAUGCCGUGUUGUCGGACGUUGUCCUGGCGCGGACACACCGCGUUGACCUGGACGGACAUGUGUUUCAUGUGGUCGAGAACGUGUACGGAAACAUUUGCGCCGUGGGACGAAGGCGGAAGAUGGGUCUCAUUAGCCAACGCUUCUCCAUGGGUAUCCUCGUGGUGAUGUUCCGAUACCCAUACACGUUGCAGACCGCCGUGCCUGUCGUCGCCAAGUUUGGACAACGCUUGCGUGCAUGAUGGGUUCCAUCCAGCCAAGGUUUCCGCCGUGGCGUCACCAAGCCAGAUGUCCCCUCCAUAGUUGAUAAACUGAUAUAUUUAACUGGUUAAUGCAUGCGUUGGAGCUGUCGAUGCAUGUGAUUUCGCAUGAGCAUGCGCAGCAUGGUGCCUCCACAGCAGAGAAGGACGCUAGUGCGUGACGGAUCGAACUUGACCGACCAUACGACCAACGUGUCGAAGGUGUUGCCGCGGUCCGGAAUGAAGCUCACCAUCGCAUGGUACCCUUCCAACCACAUGCCUUGGUCCACGAGUUUGAAAUGCACGCUGCCAAUGCGAUCGUCGUCGUUCGCGCUUCCACCCCUAGGCACCGCCACAGAUGUCACGCGUUCCUUGCCAUGGACAGUGUCCCGACUCGAUCCCGCCGACACCACUCUGUGCUUGACGGUGUCAUUGUCGUCAUACCAGCAUCGAUCGUUCCAUCUCUGGAAUGCAUCGUAAGCAGACACCCCACGAAGGAAGAUACUCGCUUCGACCUCGUGACCGUCUGCUUGGAAGAAGGCAUCGGCAGCGGCGCGGUCAAUGUAUCGCUCGACCAUGAUUUUAAGAAAG